AUGAAUCAGCCGCCGGUACUGCUGAUCGAGACGCGUUACCUCGACCUUCAAUUCCUCAACACUGUUCUUGAAGGCAACAGAGUGGAUACAGCUUUGCUCGGUAUCGGCAUUGGAUAUCUCGUCGACUCUGUCGAAGAAGCAGGAGGCAUCGAUAGUCGUCAGCAUCUGUACGGUCAUGGUCGUGAUCUUCGGAUCUUCUGGAUCUUCUAG